GAAGCGCAGGAGGUCUUGAGUGAUGCAUCGGGUCGAUGGUUCCUUUUCAAUGCGAGCGUUUCUACAAUCGUCGUGGUUGAGAAGACCGACUUGCCCACCCAUUUGUCAGGGCUGCCCUUUGUGAAUGUUCCAACUACAUUGCAAGAUGUGGUGCGGCAGCUCGAGGACGCUGGUGAGGUGCACAUCGAGGUUGGCCACCAUCAGAUGAGCGGCGACCGAUCAGAAGUGAAACCCGAGCCCAACAAACCUUUGGUCUUUGUCUUGGACAACAAGGCUGAUGAUGAGACCCUUCGACACAGAAAGUUCAAGAUUGAU